GGCAAGGACCUGGCUAAAGCACGUAGAGCGGCAGCAGAACUAUCGGCUGCACAGUCAGAGGAAGUGAAGGAUCGGAAGACAAAGAGUGAAACAGAGGAAGGCAAGGACCUGGCUAAAGCACGUAGAGCGGCAGCAGAACUAUCGGCUGCACAGUCAGAAGAAGUGAAGGAGUACAAGACAGCAGGUGAACUGGAGCAAGGUACAGUGAAGCGCCUUUCCAAAGCUGGUACCGUUGCCGCAGAACCUACUGGCGAGGAGUCGCAAGAAGUGAUGGACCGCAAGGCAGGCGGUCUCCAUGCAGGAAUAUUUAAAGACGUGGCCAAUGCAGCUAUUGUUGGUGCAGAGCCUACACCUGCCAGUGCGAGAGUAGUCAGAGAAGCUAGAGGAGGUGGUGUGGAGGAAUCUCUGUCCAAGGAUAUCGGAAAAGCAAGCACUGUUGAGGCAAAUGCUACCGCUGCUGAACAUGAAGAAAUCAAGGAUGGUCACGUUACUGGUGAGCAAGGGUCGACAAAAGAUGUGAUCGAGGCGAGCAGCGCUUCAGCCGGUACUAUGGCAGUCGACCAAGAAAUGAUCAAGGAUAGGGCAAUAUCAGGAGAGAGGAAAUCGUCUAGACAAGUAAGACGUCCGAAAUCCGAGAGAGCAUCCGCUCUGCCCAAUCAAGAAGUGCUAGAAACGAACCGUGAUAAAGUUUCGAACGAGAAAGAAACUCAAAGAAGACUCUCGAAACGACAAGAGAAAAAGAGCGACUACCUCUCAACGCCAUCGGAAAGCGGGCAAACUGUGCAGGCAACGAGCACCUCCGAUAUUAAAGGAGCUAAGCGAUUUGAGGGGAAGAAUCCAAUGCUCACAGAAAGCUUCUAUAGAAUCAAAGAAGGUCCCGGUAUUGAAAAUGUUGCUCUUGAUCCAGAAGUGAAUAUCAACGAAAUUAUCUUCCGUCCACUCGAUAAAGUGGUUUUCAAUGCUCCUUUCGACUUUGAACAUAUCACAUAUCAUAUGACAAUAAUGAAUAAUACCGUACAUCCACUUGCAUUUGCCAUUAAAGGCAACUGCAUACCUCGUGUUCUCGCAUAUCCGCCAUAUGGUGUACUGAAGAGCAAAGAGAGGAUCCAGAUUGCCGUCACUGUGAGCAAAUUCGAUCACGAUGUCUAUGGUGGAAGGGAUCGCAUAGUCUUCGAAUGGGUACUGCUUCAGCGAUUUGAAGAAGAUUUCCGUCCUGAAAUGCUUCAGGUAGAGCCAGCGUUCACUCUAGUCACCGUUUCCCCAACACACGAACGAGAUACCGAAGGUGCACCAAAGGAGGAAGUACUGGAAAAGACUUUUGCAUUCUCAACAAAGGUGUUCGACUGCACAUGUGUAAAGGGCGCAGUUGGCCAUGAACAUGUCGACUCCAUUUCUAAAUGUGGUCAUUGGCGUAACUGCGUUCUAGUGCUCAUUUGCCCUAUCUGA